CGCCGCGGUGCUCUCCUCCAGCCUCUGCCGCCAUGGAGGUGGGCAGCCUCCCUGUGGAGCUGUGGAGGGUCAUCUUGGCCUACCUUCCGCUCCCUGACUUGGGCCGCUGUUGCCAGGUGUGCCUCGCCUGGCGGGAGCUCAUCCUCUCCCUGGACAACACCCGCUGGAGACAACUCUGCCUGGACUGUCCCGAGUGCCGACACCCCAACUGGCCUAGUCAGCCCCACGAGGAGCCCCCGUCCUGGAGGGAGGCCCUGAAGCAGCACGCCCUGUGCACACGCACCUGGACUCAGAAUGUGCCGGAGCUCCAGUCCUCCGCCUGCCUCCUCUUCUUCCGUCGUCGGAAGGAUCGCAGGGUUUGGCACGUGGGGCCCGGGUGCGAGUUUGAGACCCUACGUGGGGCCCUUGGGGCGGUGGGGCCAUAUGAUCGUGUAGUUCUUCACCCGGGGGUGUAUGAGGAGCACGCCGAGGUGGCGCUAAAGGUGCCUGUGGAGCUGGUUGGGCUGGGCCAGUUGGGCGAGGUGGCCCUCCUGGUGUGUAUGGAGCAGCAGUGCCCUACUGCCCGCCUGUGUAACCUGGUCUUCAUGCCACCCUGGUUCUCCACCGUGGUCUACAAGGCGUCAUGGGGUCACGUCCAAAUAGAUAACUGCAACUUUGAGGGGGCCCAGUUGCAAAUCCGCGGCCCGGGAACCUGCCAGGCUCGCUUCUGCUCCUUCUCACAGGGCAGCUCCGCCCACUUUCUGGGCGUCGUACUCAGUCUGCUGGACAGCUGCGACUUCUCGGGAAGUGACACGGCCUCCGUGACCAUCGAGGGUCCCCCGGUGUCGGAGAGGAACUGGGCUUGUAAACACUUGGCUGCUCUGGCCAGGACGUUCCCGUCAUGCGGUGUGUCUUGGAACAAUAGCCCGCCCAGAGGCCCUCAGGCGGGCUCCACUGGCGGGCACCAAACUCCCAGCGCUAAUGUAAAAAAAGAGCAUGUGAGUAUCGAAGACUGGCAGAGGAGGACUGGGGUGGAUGCGAUGUGUCAGGGCACAGUGAUCGAAGACGGCUGGAGUGAUGGAGACUGCAGCGAGGGAGAGGAGGAGAGCCGGGAUGCAAGAGGAACCAACAACGGCAAAAAACCAGUGACACUGGAUUAUAAAAUCUCUUAUGACCAUCAUGGCCUUUCCCAUUUGCUCAAGCCCCAACCCGAUGGCUCCCUGCCACUGGCCUCCUCCCCGGAUCCGCCAUCUGCGACCCCCGUGCCCCUCACCUUCCAGCAGGAGCUCGACAGGGACCCAGAGGCUCAGAUGUUGGAGGCCUCCACCCUCGGCUGUAUCCUCAGACGUUGCCUCUUCCGGGAGGGGAAAGGCGGCGUGCAUUUGUCUAAUUACGGGCAAGCCCGACUGGAGGGCAAUGUUUUCCGUAGGCUGAACUAUGCCGUCCGCUGCAUCCAGAACUCCACAGUGGUGAUGCUGAGAAACGAGGUGUGCGAGUGCCGGGCGUCGGGCGUGUUCCUGCGCCUCUCCGCUCAGGGCCUCAUCGCGGAAAACAACAUCCACUCGAAUGGGGAGGCGGGGCUGGACAUCAGAAAGGGGGCCAACCCCAUCAUUGUGUGCAACAAAAUCCAUAGCGGUUUGCGUUCGGGGGUCGUUGUCCUUGGCAAUGGAAAAGGUUCAAUCCGCAGCAACCAGAUCUAUAACAACAAGGAGGCGGGCGUGUACAUUCUCUUCAGCGGGAACCCUGUGGUCAGCGGGAACCACAUCUUCCAGGGCCAGGCGGCGGGCAUCGCUAUAAACGAGAACGGCAGAGGGAUGAUAACAGAUAAUGUGAUCAAAGAGAACCAGUGGGGAGGCGUGGACAUCCGCAGAGGCGGUGACCCCGUCCUGAGGAACAACCACAUCUGUUACGGUUACUCCGACGGUGUCGUGGUGGGAGAGAGAGGACGCGGACUAAUUGAGGGAAAUCGCGUCUAUUGCAACAAGGGCUGCGGCGUGUGGGUGAUGUCGUCCAGCCUCCCGCAGCUCCUGGGGAACUACAUCACCCACAACUACAUGUAUGGACUGGCGGUGUUCUGCAGGAAAGACCCAGACAACGCGGAGGCCCGGGAAGGGAACUGGCCCGGACAGGAGGGAGUUGGCGGCGAGGCGGGCAGCGGAGAGAGAAGGGACGCAGAGGGAGAAGGAAGGGAGGGGCAGGAGAACCUGAAUGAGGAGGGGGAGCUGUUCGCAUGGGAGAGCGAUCUGGACAGCGAGGACGAACGCCACUCGGCCCGCCGUUCCAUCAGCGUGGCGCUGGUGGAGAGCAACUGCAUGAGCUUCAACGGAGCGGUGGGUCUGUACGUGAAGAGCAGCGAGCCCCUGAACGUCUUCGCCAACCUCGUGAACAGCAACCGCGGCACCGGCGUCGCCGUGCUGCAGAGCAGCCAGCUGACCCGGCUGGUUACGAACUGCGUCCUUGGAAACGGGCGCGGUGGCGUCACUGUGGAGAAAGACUGCCGCGUGGAGCUCCGUGGCAACGGCGUCUAUAAAAACAGCGGUCAUGGCGUCAGUUUCUGUGGCAGCGGGCAGAUCGUGGAGAACGACGUCGUUGGGAACCGCGGUUACGGGGUCCAGGUGUCGGGCAGCGCCAACAUCAAGGUAUUGCGCAACCGCAUCCAACCGGCACAGGGCUGCGGCGUAGCUGUGCUCGGGCCAGUGAAAGGGGUCAUCCAUGACAAUCUCUUGUUCCAGGGCCACCCGGAAAGCAAAAAGGCGCUGCUACAUGUGGAUGCUGGCAAUGAGAGCUGUGUGUUGCGCAACAACAGUGUUCUAAGGCAUAAUAACAGCUGUCCUGCUCCUCCCUGGGUUUUGGAAAACCCGCCGCCUCGUCCGGUGGCCAUUUCCCCUUCUGGCCUGUCCUCGUCCCAGUAUCCCUCCAGAGUCGGGGUUUCCAUGACCACUAGGAUCAGCGCCACUGUGGAAAGCGGCUGCCACAGCGGCAGCAUGUUCUGCUCCAUCUUGUGAGCGCUCGUCAACCAGUCCGUACGACAAAGGGUCAUCGGCUCCUCACUUUUGAACCGGUGUGUUUGAACAUUUGAAGCGCGCUGACCACCUUCCUCAGAAGACCUCCUGAACGUGAUUGUCGGAGGCCUAGUCAGUCAAAGAAGAGGCUGCUCAGAGUUUAACCACUAAAAAGGGGCGAUUCCAUUCUGUAAAUCUGAAAAAUACUUUUGUAAUUUUUUUUUAAAUCAAAUUGCCAGUGCACCCAACAAAACGUGGACUGACGAAGCGUUUAAGCACCGCCGACAUCUGAGACCACCUCUUUCCAUAGCGGAGCUUCAACUUAAUCGUUGCUUUUUACAUUCAAGAUAUUCAUAUUCACGUGCAGACCUGCUUUACUCAGUUGGUUCAGUCAAGGUCGCUUCUGGGACUCGCUGGUUGGGAAGCUCACAUUUUUACAAAUCAGGAGUCUCGGGCUUCAGAGAUGCCAGCUGACACAAAGCUGUGCCUUGUUGGAUGAUUGUAAGCUAGAGAAGGAGUGUGAGGUGUAUAUGGAGAAAAUAGGCCUCUUUUUGCAGAAAUGCUUCUGCUUCUUGCACCGAGCCAUUUUCUGGGGAGUCUGCAGGUUGUUUUUCUCCUCCUGUGUUUGGGGGAAAAUAUAUACUGUGUGCAAUAUGUGCUUUCUUCAAAUGUGCCUCUGUUUUUACCAUCUGCGCCGUCAUCUAUAGCAUGUGCUCAUUUCGCUCCCCCUUUCUCCCCGCUCUUUGUACCUUGCACAGUGAGCAAUAAGUAGCGACAUCAUGUACGACUCAAACGUUCACCACUUUAUUUGCCUACACAACACAUAAAUAAACAGUUCUCGUUUGUGA